AUGUAAAUAAAAAAGAUCUUUUAUACAUUCUGGAAUCUACCUAAGUCAACGAAAGUUAAAUAUGCUGUUAUUGUAAUAAUUUCUGGUGUAAUUAUUGCGAAAAAGCUUCUGUCCUAAUAAAAGUAAAAAAGAUAACCUUAACCUGCUAAUUAAUUAAGCCCAAAUGAAUCUGAUGCCAUUAUUGUUUAAGAAAUUUGCUAUCCUAAUAUUGUAUCAAAGGUAGAUUCAUAAAAUCAUUUGUCACAAUUUGCAUUACCAAGAUCAAUGGAAUUAAUAAAUUAACUUCUUGAUAAUUCAUCAAGAAAAAGAAAUGUUGAUGAAAAUUUAAAAUAUUAUUUAAUUGAAACAUUAGAGGAGAGAGAUCUAUAAAAUUAUUAUUCAAUAAAGAAAUUAUCAAUAAAAAAAUAACUAUAAUAAUAUUGCACAAAAAUGAUACAUGUAAGAGGUGAUGGUAAUUGUUUUUACACUUCUUUUGGGUAUUAAUUUAUGAAGAUUGUAAUUUAUUAGUAUUCUGAUGAAGAAUUUGAUUAAUUUCUUUAAGAAAAUUUUACAAUACCAUUUAAGAUAUAGCUUAAUGAUAUCUCAUUUGGAAAUGAAGAAUAAUAAAGAGAGUUAUUAAAUUAAUUUAGGGAUAGAAUAAAAUAUUUAAGAAACCUAGAAAAAUAUUAUAAAUAACAUGAGCACUAUUCAAAUUAAUUGGUGAGAUAAUUUAGAGCACAUGAAAUGUAAGAUGAUUUGGAUGGUUAUUUUUAACCAUUAACAACCCUAUUUUUAAGAAAUUUAAGCAUGCAUAUAGUUGAAUAAAGUGAAGAUGGAUAAAAUGUUGUUGAUAAAGAAACCCUAUUGAAAUGGGAGGAAGAAUGUAAUAGUAAUGAACAGGUGAUUGCAAUGUUAGCAAAACAUCUUAGACUGUAUUAAAAUCAAAUUAUUUUAGACACAUAUAAUUAAUAUUUUUCGCAGGUGAAGAGUUCUAAGUACUUGAGUAUUCCAAAGAGUAUGAAAAUAAAAAUAGGUCAAUAAUUUUGCUUAUUAAGCCUGGACAUUACAAUAUUGGUAUUAAAAAUUGA